GGGUGAUGUAGGCUCAAGCUCAUCUGCUUGUGGUCGUGCUAUCGAUACGCUGAGAUCUGUGAGACAAAGUUUCAGUAGUGAAGCAAGGCUCGAGCAAAGAAAAAAUUUUUCUCCGUACUCUAGACCAUCUACUUCUCUAUCUACUUCCAAAGUAAAAAAAGGACGCACUCAGCCAUGGACUUUAAAACUCUUUUGUCUAAGUGAUACUUGCCAGUGGAAAGCGCCUGGAGCUGGACUUGGAGAAAAUUCUGUAACAGUUUCUAACAUCAACACAUGUUCCAUGGAAGAAUUUCGGAGUAUUAUUGUUCGAACCUUUCCCAAGCUAAGUGAUUGCGGUGGUUUUGAAAUGCUCAGGUGUUUACCCAACUCAAAAGACCUAGCACUUGUAGAAGGGAAACUAACACAAUCUGUUAAAACGCUGAAAACCGUUAUUGGGAGUGGAAGGCUCUACCUCCGGCCGAUACAGAAGAAUUUGGAUCUGACAACUGUCGAAGACCUGCAGUGGGAGGCAGAUGAGAUUGAGGAGAAGUGCAUGUUUUGCUGUGAAGCAAUGAAAGUGAGCAAGCUGAGAAAUCAUGUUGAAAGAUGCCGCUAUAAAAGCAGCUUCUCAUCUGAUGAAGAUGUCAAACCAACAAAGGACUCCAUUUUGAUUGACUCAGAUUCCGAUUCUAGGGAGGAGAUCGAGGAUGCCUUACUUAAACAGGCUUUGACAGAGAGCAAGCAACCUGAUACUCAACAUAAAUCUGUGAUGGUCAGCUCUCUUUCUUGCUUGCUGAAGCUUCUGUCUGAGUAUCGGUUCAAGGAAUAUCAUCAGAUCCCAAUACGACGCACUCAUGUGUUAGUAGAUGCACUCAGAGCUGCAAGGCAGCCUGCAUUUACAAGCAUCAAGACAUUGACGGUUCACUUUGUAAGUGAGGAAGCAGAAGAUGGUGGAGGCCCAUCCAGGGAGUUUUGGUGCCUGUUGGGGAAAGAGAUAGCUCAGUCCAUGUUUGAGGGCCAUGAGAACAGUAAGUUUGUGCGGCAUGAUUUAUUGGCUUUGCAGGGUGAGACGUUUCUUCUCGUAGGAAAAUUGAUGACCAUGGGAAUCACUCAGGGUGGUAGUGGUUUCUCCUUUUUUGGAAGUAGUCUCUACGCAUACUUGUGUGGUGUUAAAAUCUGUGAUAUUGACAUACCUGAUGAAGAAGUACCAAAUACUAACGUCCGGAUCCUUAUUCAGAAGAUCAAUGAUGCUGCUGAUGACAAAGACCUAAAAGAUUGUAUCCUUGAUGAAUGUGACACCAUUGUGAAUGCCGGGUACAGCAAGCCACUUUUUACCUCGACGCAAGCAGACAAAGUUGAGAUAGUGAAGACAUUAAAACUCUACUACACUCUUCUCGAGUCUUUAGCAGAGAUUAACCAGCUCAAGGAGGGAUUGCAAGUGAACGGUGUGGGAGAAGCACUUGUGAAGUACCCUGAACUAAUGAGGCCUCUAUUUGUGCACAAUAACACACAAGUUCUGACUGCUGAGACCAUGAAGGCCAUGUUCAAAAUCACCCACUUUUCACCUAAGGGCUCAAAUGAUCUUGCUAAAGAAGAGGCUACUUACAUGCUGUUUGUAGAUUUUCUGUACGAUUGUGAAUGUGUUGAAGGUGACUCGGAGGAUUCUGUCAGUCUUAAGACCAUUCUUUCUUUUACUACUGGUUCAGAGUCUGUUCCACCGAUGGGAUUUGAUAACUCUUUGGGUCUGAGAUUUAACGAUACCAAUGUGUUUCCCACGUCGUCCACUUGUGUGUUGGAGCUAACCCUGCCCUCCAAGUAUUAUAACAAUCCAGAGGAGUUUAAAAAGAAAAUGGUAUAUGGUAUGAAAAACCAUGGAGGAUUUGGUUGCCUAUAAGCACUGCAAUAAAAUGAACAUAUACUCUUUUUGUGUUUGACAAAACCUAUUAACCCUGUAUCACUUUCAUACUUUAUCAUGAUUCUUUCGAACAUAUACUCUUUUUGUGUUCUAUUCACCCUGUAUCACUUUCAUACUUUAUCAUGAUUCUUUCAAUAUCAUUAUGUUACAUCAU